AUGUUUAAUGGAGAAAGUAAAAAUAGAAGGAUUAACUUAAGUGGGAAAAAGCAGGUUAUAUUGAAUAAAGAUUGCUUUAUUGAAAAGGCUAAAAAAGAAAAAGAAAUAAAUCUAACUUUAGCAAAAAGAAGAAAUGCUAUUAAAAUUAUAACUUGCUUUGUUAGUUAUAAAAAAUAUGUAGAAAAUAGAAGAAAAGAAAUAGAUGAUGUUCUUUCGAAAAGAAUAAAUGAUAUAAUUUUAUUAGAGAAAAUAGUAUCACCAACUAUUUAUAGGCAAGCUUUGCAAAUAUGUUUAUAUGAAUUUUCAGUACAAUCUACUUUUCUUUAUUCAAAACUGAAUUGCUACAAUCACUAUAAGUGUAUGAACUUUGAUAACAUAUAUGCACCAAUAGGAAAAUUAUUAGAUAUACUAAAGUUAUAUAAUAAAGUAGAUAAUAUUGAUGAGGAUAAUAUAAUUACAAAUGACAAUAUAAAUCUGAAUAAUGAAACAAAUAAUGAAAAAAAAAAAAGUCAAUUAAAUAAUUAUAAUGAAAAUAAAAAUGACAGCUUUGAUGAAAAUAAAUAUAGAAAGUUAAAUAAAGAAAAUUCAGAAGAAAUUGUUAAAAAAAAAGAUAUCUGUAAUCCUGUAAUAAAAAAUAAAUUUUAUCAUAGACAUAAGAAAGAAAUAAAAAUUUUAAUAAACCAUUUGGAUAUUUUAUUAGGAAAUUACUACAUUUGUAAUCUAAAUAUAUAUAAUGAAUUUUAUAAAAAGGAAAAAACAGCAGAAAACGAAAGUUAUAUGUGCGAUUAUAGUAAUAAAAAAAAAAAAAAAAAAGAUACCAAUAUAAUUUCACAUUUGUAUUAUUUAUAUAAUUUUAUAUUAAAUAAUUCAUUUAAUGAGGAAUUGGCAAAAAAAAUAAGAAUGCAAGAAAAAAAUAAUAACAACAAUAAUAGUGGCAAUAUAGUAGUAUCAUUAAAAAAAAUUAGUGAAUACAUAAUUUUAAAUAUAGAAGGACUAAUUACUGUUAUAAAGAAAAUUUAUUUAUCUUACAAGGAUAAAAAUAUUAUUAUGUUUAAUUCUAAAAAACUAAUGAUAUAUAUAUGUGAUAUGAUAUUUUUGUAUUUUUAUAUAAUAAAAAUAAAAGGAAACGAUUUAAAAAAAGAUUAUAUAAUUGAUUUAAAGUAUAAAAUUAAUUUACUUUUAGAUUUUUUAUUAUUAAAUAUACCUUUUAUCAAAGACCAUUAUUACUUAUUUAUAUCUUUUUUUAAAUAUCAGAUUUAUGAAAUAUUUAUUUGCGAUAUCGAAUUAAAAAAUGAAUUAAAAAUAUUAAAAAAAUUAUUAAUAAUAAUAAUUAAAAACACAUACAAAAAUGUAGAUAUAAUGAAAGAAUUAGUUUAUAAUUUCUCCAAUAUAAAAAUAUGUAAUAAUAAAUUUCAUUUAUUUAAUCAAAAAUCUUUUGAUGGUAAAAAUGUAUCAGGAGUUAAUUUAUUUAAAAAUUUACUUCUUUUUGUUUAUUGUAACAAUGAAUUAUUAGAUGAUAAUGUCUUAGACAUUUUAUUAGAACUUUAUAUGCUUUUACCAUUUUGUUAUCAUCCAUAUAUUUAUAUGGUUAACAAUAUUAAAAGUAAUGCGGAUGAAAAAAACAACUCUAAUGAUUUACAUAAAUAUGAUGUCUUAAAUAGUCAAACAAAAAAAAAAAGUGAAUCAUUAGUAAAUGAAUUAGUUAGUAAAGAUAAUAAAAAAUUCAAUAAUAAUCAUAGAAAUGAAAAAUAUUUAGAAAUGGGUUAUUAUUACAAUAAAAAUAUAAUUGACUCUCUUAUAUAUAUAUGCAAAAAGUCAAAUUUUAACAAGUUAGAUGCAUUAUUAUUUCUUUUAUUGCCUUUUAGAAGUAUACAUAUACAAAUAUAUGAAGGUUAUAGAAAUUAUUAUGACUAUAUCAAAAAUAUAAGUAAAAGUUCAUAUGUAGAUAUCAAUAUAAAAUAUGAUAGCAUUAAUCAAAAAAAAAAAACAUAUGAAUACAACAUAGACGAUAAUAACAGGAGUAGUUUUUCAAGUUGCAAUAUACAUAAAAAUUUUACUAUUAAUAACUUAAUUAAUCUUAGAGAAAAUAAAAAUAAACAUUUUUUAAAGCCUUCAAAUAAUACACAAAGAAAUUCAAGUAUAAUUCAUCCCACUCAUAAAAAUUUUUUUUCCUUAAAUAAUUUAAUUAGUAAAAGAGAGAAAAAAGGAAAAGGACAUGAUUUGAUUAAUAACGAAAUAUUGUUAAGAGUAAAAAAAAUUUUAGUUUCUCAUAAUAUUCACAUAUAUUUAAUUAAAAAAAUAUAUUUAUUCUGGUUUUAUGAUUGCAAACUAAAUGACACUUUAUUUUUUCGAAAAUUAUUGUCAUUUCCUUAUUUUGAUAACACUUCUAUAUCUAUAUAUUUUUCUUCUUUUUGUUUUCUUUUCUAUUAUUAUAUUAUAGUUAAUAUGUAUAAUAAAUUAAUAGAUAUAAAGAAUUACAAAUUUACAAAAACUUUUAUGAUGAAUAAGUGUUUUAAAAAAACUUGUAAACUUUUAGUAUUAUCAUUAUGGAUUGUGCUAAAGGGAUCUAUAAGCACAAUUCAUUACGAAUUAAGAAAUAGAGAUACUAAUGAAAAAAAUAAACACAUUGAGGAAAUAGAAGAAAUUGCUGAUGAGGACAUAUAUAAUGAUGAAGAUGAAGAGUACGAAAAGGAGAUGAACGAAAAAGAAGAGGAAAAUAUAGAGAAGAUAGAAAAUUCGGAGUUUUCUGAAUCUUAUUUUGAUUUAUCAGUACUAAAUUUUCAGAAGAUAGAAUCCUCUUUUGAUAAAGAAAAAGAUAUAUGUAAUUAUAGUAAAGAUAUCGGAAACAAUAAUAAAGAAGAAAUUUAUAAAAUUAAUAGUAAUGAUAUUGAUUAUAGUAGUAGUACUAAUAACAACACUGGUAAUAAUUUUAUGAAUUCUGCCAUUGAGAAAAUUCUCGAUGAUAUUGAUAAUUUAGAUAAAUUUAACAAUUUAAGUGAAAAAUAUUAUGAUAUUAAUGAGAACAAUAAUGAAAAUAAUAAUAUACAUAUAUAUUAUGACUUAUAUGAUAAUGUGAAGAAUAAUAAUUUAAGUAAUAAAAAUUAUGAUGAUUCAUCAUAUACAUCUAAUAUGAUUAACUAUUAUUUAUACAAUAAUGAUAACAAAGGAUUGAGUUAUGUUUUACCUUUAUUAUUAAAAAAAAUGUAUAAAGUAAAUAGUUAUAUAAAUAUAUUUGAGGAAGACUUUUUUGUUAUAAAAGAAACAUUUAAUUUAUUAAAAAAUCGAUUUAAUAUAAUUGGAGAAAGUAAUAAUAUAAAUUACAACAAUAGCAGUUAUGAUGAAGAUUCCUCUUUAUUUAUAGAAAAAAAUGAUAUUUAUUUGAAUAAUAACAUAAAGUAUGUGAAUGUAUUAGCUAACUAUUUAUUAAGAAAUGCUCCCUUUACCUUACCAUUUGAUGAUAGAAUAUUAAUAUUUUAUCAUUUUCGUAAUAAGAGCAAAGAGAGUAUAAGAGAUGAUUCACGAUACAAUUUUCUUGAAAAUAAGCAUAACUUGAUUAGAAGAACAAAUAUAUUAGAGGAUGCUUUCGUUGCAUUACACGCAUUAGAUUCAGUCCAACUAAAACAAAAUAUUAGAAUAGCUUUUAUUGAUAAAAAUGGAAAUGAAGAAACAGGUAUAGAUGGAGGGGGGUUAUUUAAAGAAUUUAUUAUUUUAUUAUGCAGAGAAGUAUUUCAUAAUAAUUUUAUUUUAUUUCAGAAUAUUCAAAACAAUACUCUAUUUCCAAAAACUUAUAACAAAAAUGAUAAUUUAAAUUUAUAUGAAUUUUCAGGAAAGAUAGUAGGAAAAGCUAUUUACGAAAGAAUAUUAAUUGAAUCUGUUUUCAAUAAAGUUUUUUUGAAUCUCUUGCUAUUCGACAAUAUUGAUAUAAAUGACUUAUACUUUAUUGAUGAAAAUAUUUUUAAUAGUCUUCUAUAUGUUCAAAAUACAAAGAAUGUAGAAAGUUUAUCUUUAACAUUUUGCAUAUACGAAAAAAGAUCUCCAGAUGGUAGUAUAAAAAAAUAUGAAGAAAUUAAAAAUUAUUUUAAUUUAUUAAGUAAAAAUAUAUUAAAUAAUAAUAAUAAUAGAAACAAUGUGAGUAAUUUCUUUACGCAAAAUACUUUCCACUAUGCAAAUAUGAACAAUUUUUUUAAUAUCAUUGAUAAUUUGGAUGUUUUAAUUAACACACUCAAUAGGAAUCUUUCUUCAUUUUCUCAAAAUAAUUUAUAUAUAGACAAUCCUGCCGUUAUUAAUGGUACAAAUAUAUCAUCAAAUAGAAAUACAUUAAAUUUAAAUAUAGCAAACGAAAAUAGAGAAAAUACAAAUUUAAGAAAUACAUAUACAAAUGAUGAAGAAAAUGAUAUUUUAAAUAAUAAUAAUAAUGAUAAUUAUAUUUCAAAUGAAGAUAACGAAAAUGCAAUUAAUAUAAACUACGAUAAAGAAGAUUUAGAGUGUAUUGACUUAAUUGAAAAUGGACGUAACGUAGUUGUGAAUGAUAAAAAUAAGAAAUUAUAUAUAAAAUUAUACAUAAAUUACAAAUACAAUAAAUUGAUAAAAAAAAAAACUCAAUAUUUUUUAAAAGGAUUAUCCCAACUAAUUCCUGCUAAAUGGUUUAAACUUUUUAGUGCACAUGAAUUGAAAACAUUAAUAUCAGGAAAUGAUAAAUGCUUCGAUGUAGAUGAUUUAAGAAAAAAUGUUGUAUAUGGUGGUGGUUAUAAUGAAAAUAGCCAAACUGUUUUACAUUUAUUUGAAAUUUUAAAAAAUUUUUCAGCAAAAGAAAAAAGUUUGUUUCUUAUGUUUGUAACUAGCUGCUCUAGAUCUCCUCUAUUAGGUUUUCAAGAACUUAAUCCCAAAUUUUGUAUUUUUAGAGUAAGAGAUUUUAAUAGAUUGCCAACUGCAUCAACUUGUGUGAAUUUAUUAAAAUUACCUGAUUAUUUAUCAAAAGAAAUAUUAUACAAAAAUUUAAUAACAGCUAUAAAUGAUACACAAGGUUUUGAUUUAAGCUAA